AUGGAUUCUUCUUCCCAUUAUCUGGGAAGUUCAAAGAACAUCGGUGGGAGCCAAGGCACUGAAUCUGGAUGGACAAAUUACAUUGGCUCUUUCAUCCAUGACAGACAUUCUGAAGAUGGGCACAACAGCAAACAAGCGAAUCACAAGAAUGGUGGUGGCUAUGGCAGUGAUAAUGAGGAUGGAGAGAGUGAUGACUCCAUGGUCUCAGAUGCCUCUUCUGGCCCCAGCCAAUCUGAAAUUCCAACUAGGCAAAAGAAGGGUACUGUUUCUUGGAGCAGAAAAGAGCAGAAACUAGGGAAGCCAAGAGGUGGAGCGAGGUUCAAGCUGGAAGAAGAAGAAGAAGAGUGCAUGGUAGAGGCAAAGAGUGCUGCUAGCCACACUGGAUCCAAGAUGAGAAAAUGCAAGUAG